AGAGGUUUCGUAAAGUCGGUCGGUCGGCCCGGCAGCGACAUGACUUAUUCCUUUUUUAAUUUCGGCAUCAUUUUAGUGUCAGCUCAGUGUGCUGAUUCUCUAAAUUGACUGCACUUUCACUUCAGCACGUUAACAUGAUUGCUGAUCCGAGGAAUUCGAAAAGUGCGGCAAGAAAAGCUUAUUUUAUUCAGCAAGACAUCAGAACCAUCAAAAGCUAAAUAAUUUUAUUUCACAAUUUUACCUUUGAUUGUGAAAUGAGUGAGUCAAAUACUGAUCACAGAGAAAGGGCAGAAAAUUCAUUAUUUUGGAUUCUGCUGCGAAUUGCUGUGUAAAUAUUUUCUUUGUACCACUUAAAAUAUUGGUUAAAAUAUAACUUGUCUGCUGUCGUCAGUCGACCGUCCUGAUCUCCUACCCGUCCAAUGCAAACUUAUUUUAACCCUGUGAUAUAACUGAACAAAACUGCGUGAUCUUGCAUUUUUUGGAGGUCAUGAAGGAAGGAAAAAUGGCAAUAGAGGGAGAAGUGAUUCUCUACAGAGAAAAAUUUUGACUUAAUUCAUUGCUGAUAAAAAAAAUCGGACGCCAUGGACGCAGGCAAGACCUUAACCAGUCCCCAUCCAAGGGCCAAGGCUAACUUCCUCUCGGCAGUUACAUUUUGGUGGACUUUCUAUGUCUUUGCCCGAGGUUACAAAGAGGAGAUGAAGGUCGACGACCUGUACAUUACACUAAACGAUCACAAGUCAGGCAGAGUUGGCAAUAAAUUGGAAGAGAACUGGAAUAAAGAAAAAGAAAAGGCAAAAUUAAAGAAUAAAACGCCAAGCUUCUUCAAAGCAGCCUUUAAAACUUUUGGUUGGAAAUAUAUGGCCUGGGGAAUAGUGCUGUUUCUUCUUGAAAUGGUCAUCAGGGUUUCCCAGCCUAUCUUUCUUGGGCGCCUAAUUCGCUACUUUUCUGGGCCCAACUCUGGAAUUACGCUGGAAAACGCAUACCUCUAUGCUGUAGGCAUAAUUAUAUCUUCAGGACUUGCUGUUAUGAUAUUGCAUCCGUACAUGAUGGCUGUGAUUCACCUUGGAAUGCAACUCAGGGUAGCGACUUGUUCGUUAAUUUACAGAAAAUCCCUUCGCCUUAGUCACGAAGCAAUGAGUCAAACCACUGCUGGUCAGGUGGUUAACCUAUUGUCUAACGAUGUCAAUAGAUUUGACGUUGCACCCAUGUUUUUACAUUUUCUUUGGAUCGGACCUAUUGAAACAAUUUUAUGUACUGGUUUAAUGUACCUCGAGAUGGGCUGGUCCGUGUUCAUUGGCAUUGCGAUUCUCCUGGCUACAAUCCCUCUGCAAGGAUUACUUGGAAAAAAGACUUCUGAACUCCGCGCUAAAACAGCAAAGCGCACAGAUGAGAGGGUACGUCUUAUGAAUGAGAUCAUAUCUGGAAUUCAAGUAAUCAAAAUGUAUACUUGGGAAAAACCGUUUGCUAAACUGGUUUCUGUGGCUCGAAGGAUGGAAAUCAAGCACAUUAGACACGCUUCUUACAUUAGAGGCAUUUUCUUAUCCCUCAUUAUGAUCAUUACGAGAUUUACGAUCUUUAUCACAAUUGUGGUCUAUGUUCUUAUUGGCGAGGAAAUUACUGCUGAGAAAGUUUUUGUCAUAACUGCAUACUACAACAUCAUUCGGCAAACAAUGACAAUUUCGUUCCCUCAAGGGAUUUCCCAGCUUGCAGAGUGCAUUGUUUCCUUCAGAAGAUUGCAGACAUUCUUUAUGCUAGACGAGCUUAAGACAGAACACUAUAAUAAAAAAGUAGCAAAAGAGAUGAAGGCAGAGAAUCAAGAAAAUGGCAAAGACAAAAGUAACAAUGGCAUUCUACUUACAAACGCUGUUGCAAAAUGGGACGAUGAAAUAACUGAGCCAACAUUGAACAAUGUGACAGUGAGUCUCACUCGUGGCAAACUCGUCGCUGUUAUUGGCCCUGUGGGCUCAGGAAAGACGUCAUUGAUUCACGCACUGCUGGGAGAGCUUUCUCUAAAAUCUGGCUCUUUGAAAAUGAAUGGCAGUGUCUCCUAUGCAGCCCAAGAGCCAUGGCUUUUUGCUGGGUCUGUCAAACAAAACAUCAUUUUUGGUCAGCCUUGGGAUGCCAAAAGAUACAAGGAGGUUGUCAAGGUGUGUGCCCUUGAAAAGGAUUUCAUUCAGUUCCCAUAUGGAGACAAGACCGUGGUCGGAGAACGAGGAAUUUCUCUGAGUGGUGGGCAGAGAGCUCGAGUGGCACUUGCUAGGGCAGUCUACAAAAAAGCAGAUGUCUACCUUCUGGAUGACCCUCUAUCGGCUGUUGAUGCGCAUGUAGGUCGCCACUUAUUUGAUGACUGUAUUAAAGGGUACCUAAAAAAGAAAGCUGUGCUUCUUGUCACUCAUCAACUUCAGUACUUACAUGAAGCCAGCCAUAUAAUAAUUCUCAAGAAUGGAAACGUAGAAGCCCAAGGAACAUACCAGCAUCUCCAAGAGAGUGGACUCGACUUUGCUGAGCUUUUGGAGGAAAAAGAAGAGGAAGCUGCGGACGAUAAUGAUGGAAAAGAUCAAGAUGGAGACAACAUUAGCUUAGGAUCAAGUAAAAGCAGCGUUAGCAAGUCUUCAAAACUUUCUAGGCAGUCGUCAAAGAUGAGUGUCAGCUCAUCUCAGGAACUGAUGGGCAAAGGACCUGAAGAAGUUGCAGAAAUCAGGACGGAGGGAACAGUUUCGGGAGAAGUCUAUGGGCAGUACCUAAGUGCAGGGGGAAGUUACUUCCAGCUUAUUUUCAUGUUCAGUGUUUUCACGUUAGCACAAGUUGCUGGAAGUGCUGCAGACUACUGGACGUCAUUUUGGACAAACUGGGAGGAAGCCCAAGUAGUCAAGCCAACUGAGUCAUCUGUGCCAAGAAGCUACUUGUCAAUAUACGACUUCAACUAUUCAGAAAUGAGCUGGAUGAGCACCGAAAAUGGAAUCUUCAUUUUCACUGGUUUGAUGGUGGGUGUGAUUGUUUUCUCUCUAGGGAGAACAUUCCUAUUCUUCAGAGUCUGCAUGAGGGCGUCUGUGAACCUCCAUGAUAGCAUGUUCAAUUCAAUCACCAGAGCAACAAUGGCCUUCUUCAAUGCAAAUCCCUCAGGACGAGUGCUAAACAGAUUUUCAAAGGACAUGGGUGCCAUUGACGAACUGCUACCAACGGCUAUGAUUGAUUGUUUGCAGAUUGCCUUGGCCUUGACUGGAAUCAUUGUGGUAGUAGCCAUCGUCAAUGUUUGGCUACUGCUUCCAACAUUUGUGAUUGCCAUUCUAUUCUACUUCCUUCGAGUCAUCUACCUGAGAACUUCUAGAAGCGUGAAACGCUUGGAAGGUGUGACCAGGAGUCCUGUUUUUUCUCACCUGAACGCGUCAAUUCAAGGCAUAACCACAAUUAGGGCUUUCCAAUCACAAGAAAUUCUUGCGGAACAGUUCGACAACCACCAAGACUUGCACUCUUCAGCAUGGUACCUUUUCAUCUCGACAAGCCGCUCGUUUGGUUACUGGCUUGACUUCAUUUGCUUCAUCUACAUUGCAAUUGUCACCCUGAGCUUCCUGUUCAUCGGCUCCGAGACGUCUGGUGGCAACGUUGGUUUGGCCAUCACCCAAGCUCUUGGACUAACUGGAAUGUUCCAGUGGGGCAUGAGACAAUCGGCAGAGAUGGAAAACCAAAUGACAUCUGUGGAAAGAGUGCUGGAAUUCUCCAAUCUGGAAGCGGAACCACCUCUCGAGACAAACCCCAAGGAUGAUCCAGGCAAAGGUUGGCCUAGCAAGGGUAAUGUCAACUUCGACAAACUAGUCAUGCGGUAUAGCAAAAACGACCCUCCUGUGCUGAAAGGAAUCACCUUCAACAUCAAGUCUGGUGAAAAAAUUGGCGUCGUCGGCCGCACUGGUGCUGGAAAGUCGUCUCUCAUUUCUGCCCUUUUCCGCCUUGCUGAUUGCUGCGAAGGAAGAAUUGUGAUCGACGACAUUGACACAGCAAAAUUGGGCCUUCAUCAGUUGAGAGCCAAUAUUUCCAUCAUCCCUCAGGAACCGGUGCUCUUCUCGGGAACAAUGAGAAAAAAUCUUGAUCCAUUUGAUGAGUUCCCCGACGAUAAUUUGUGGUCAGCCCUUGAGGAAGUUGAAUUGAAAGAAGCUGUUGCAGAAUUGCCAGGAGGACUUGGUGCUAAAAUGUCUCAGGGUGGCAGCAACUUUAGCGUGGGACAGAGACAGCUGGUCUGUUUGGCAAGAGCCAUUGUUAGAAACAACAGGAUCCUUGUCUUGGAUGAGGCAACAGCCAACGUUGACCCCAAAACGGAUAAUUUCAUUCAGACUACCAUAAGAAAGAAGUUUGCGCAUUGUACCGUUUUCACCAUUGCUCACCGCUUGCACACAAUAAUGGACGCGGAUAGAGUCUUAGUUAUGGACGCAGGCAGAGUUGCAGAACUUGCUGCUCCGUCUGAACUACUAGCGGAUCCUAAAACCAUUUUUGCUGGCAUGGCGCAACAAGUGGGAUUGAAUCUGUCAAAUUACUUGCAAAAAGAUUCUUCUAGACAGGCAGAAUCUACUAAUUUUUAACAAGGGUGAAUAAUUUUUACUUUUUCAAAGUGGUUAAAAGGUUAUCGAACCCGAUGUGAAGUUUUGUUAAUUUAUAUUUUCUGUUGUGAUACCGUAAUUUUUGUGAAAUGUGAAGUUUUACAGACAUGGAAUCCCGCUUCAGCUCUGCUCCGGGCAAAAGAAAAAUAAAAUUGCUAGCAGCGAAGUGAAUUUUUUCCUUAGGAAUUGUAUUUAAAGACUUUAACUAUGGGAAAUUUCCAGAUUUUUAAUUUACUUUAACAUUUUAAAAAAAAUUUUGUCAAAGAAUAUUUGAAAAUUAAAACUCUCUUGAAAUUUCUUUAUUAAAAAUAUAUGACAUAUGAUUUUUUCCAAAGUUUUACUUUGUUUUUAAAGAUUUUAAAAAUGUUUUCCCUCGAAAAAUUGUAUGACGAAAAUGUUUAUUGCGGUUUAUUGUGAUUAUUUUGAAC